AUGUCUUCUUCUUCAUCGUCUUCUCAUCAACGGAAGCACGACGUGUUCGUGAGUUUUAGAGGCAACGACCUGCGGAACAACUUCAUAUCUCACCUCUUCCACGGGCUGGACCAGGCGGGGAUUGACUACUUCUACGACGACAAUAGAGAAGACACUGGACAGGAGAUCCCGUGCAAGCUCUCGAGAGCUAUCCGCCACUCAAGGUUCGCCCUCAUCGUGUUCUCCACGAACUAUGCUGACUCCAAGUGGUGCCUGAACGAGCUGGUUGAGAACCUUGAGUGCAGAAGGCAGCUCCAGUACCACGGCCAUGUGAUUGUUCCCAUCUUUCAUGGCGUGGACACUGCUGACAUUUCGAACUUGACGGGCGGAAGCGGAUUCGCACGAGGUUUUGAGAGGUUGUGUAGGUACAAGAGAGACGAUGUGCAGAUACAAAUAUGGAGGGAUGCCCUAGCAGAGGCUAAGCAUUUUUCAGGUUUUGAUUUGAAGAACCACGUCAAUGGUGCAGUUGCGGCAGGACCUGAGAUGACUGUGGAACGAUAUGGAAAGGAGUCCGCUUGGUUGGUUGAGAAUCCACAGGACAAGGUUCGGAAAUUCCAAGACGGACUGAAGUCGGAUCUCCGAAACCUAAUGCUUUCAUUGAACAUCGGGAAUGAUGUGAAAAUGCUUGAAUGA